AUGUCUCUCUAUCCAUCACUUGAAGAUAUGAAAGUCGGUCAAAUGGCUCAAGCCCAGGUAUUUUUUUCCCUUUUGCUUAUAAUUUCCUAGGACACCCAGCAUCCCAAGUUAUACUUCAUAUGGGCUUGUUUCGGUUGUUUGUAGCGAUAUACCACGGUUUUACGGCACUGUUUAUUGUUUAACCUUAUAAAAACCUGUUUAAAAAUUCGAUGCAUUUGACAAACUUGCGAGAUUAUCAUUAAUAGAAUGUUUCUUUUGUACCCUGAGGUCAAUGUGGCAGAGUAGCUCCUCAGCGCUGUUGCAGGAGUAUAAUUGUUAAAAAUUUUCACCAGAAAGCCUCAAACAGAAUGAAAAAGAGUUUGUCAGAUAUUUAUUGCAGACUGCAGAACACAUGCAUGUCUGCUUACUAUUUGGAUCUGAUUUAUGGCAAUUUUUUCAACUGACAGCAUUAAACCGAUCGAUUUUGUCUAAAAUUCUGUUUACUUUCCUUCCAGGCCCAACAAGCUGGAGCGCAGCAACCAGCAUUAGCCUACGCAGUAAGUGAACAGAGAGCGAUCACUGAAUAUUGUCGAACUCACCCAUGAAUCAACCAACAUGUGACUAUUAAAGAACGAUGUACUAUUCCGUAUAAGUAAGACGUGUUAUUUGGAAUGACUGUAAGCUAUGACAUCAUGUCACCAAAAUUUCCUUUACUUCAUGAUGAUUCCGCGGUGUUAGUGUUGUGUAGUUAAUCUUUACAUCGUGCUCUGUUUUGGAUGUACCUCUAGCCUCAAAUGUCUAGUAACCCAGCUUUUUCAUUUUCUUCCCAAAGAUUCACUUUUCUGAGAAUCCUGAAACCUUAUCCUGCUAUAAACCAACUCUCCCUACUCCCCCGGGGUUAUUUCAUCUCAAGCCUCUUAAGGGUGAGGUAAUUUGACUCUUACCCAGUUACAAAAAUGGGCUAAAAGCAUGUGGGUGAAGGAGGAUGGAGUGUGUUGACAAAUUCACACUGCAGACUUGCAGAGUGACAGGCAAACUAGGUGAACAAUUUUGUGAAAUGCUCACAAAACUAAUGGAUUCCCUAUCCCUAUAAGAUUAAAGUCCUGGGAUAGUCUUGAUAGCAUUCAUGACAUGACCUUUUUUUUUUACCUUAUUUGCCUGCCACUCUGCAAGUCUACGAAAGAGGGAGGGAGAAAGGCUCCAUUCAUAAAAUGUGGUGUAAAGACACAACUGUAAAUUUGCUUGCCUUUGUGUGAGUUGUUUUCUUCUGAGAGCUGUUGUAUAGCAGAGCCCAAUAGCCCCUGAUGGCACAAGUUUGCCUUUGGGUGACAAGGAAGUCUUAUUUUAUUUCAUAACAAUAAAAUGCCGGUUUCCCUUGAUAAGAUAUCAGCUUUAUCGACAGUAAACCAUUAGUUUAGAACUAAUUAUGUUUAAUGUAAGUUAUUGUAUUUCUUAUAGCCACAGCCAGGAGCUCCAGCUCCGACCCCUGGAAGCAGCCUUUAUCCAUCACUUGAUGACUACAUGGGGAUAAAUGUUUCUGAGGCAUCUGUUAGGCAACAUGUUCCUAAUUAUGUGAGCAUCAUUUUUAUUUAAUUGAUUUGCACCUAAAAUACUUGUGUUUCACAAAAGCUGCCGUAUAGCUGCUAUGCAGUACAUGUAAAUCUACUGAUCAAUCCUUAAAAUAGUUAUCCAUUAUAAGCUGUCACUGACCAUGAUUGUCACUGAUAAUAAUGAUAAUCUGAAAGGAAUUUUUACACAACUUGUAUAUUUCCAGAUACAUCGUGAGAAUUUUUAAAAAGCUUUUAAUCUUAUUUAUAAAGUAAAAAAAUUCUUUUUGUCUCUGUAGACAGCUGCAGUAGUCCCCAGACCUCAAGGUGCUGUUGUACCCCAGAUCAGUGGAAUGAUUGCCCCUGUCAGUGGAGACAACAACUUAGGUGUCCGCCGUGCUGAAAUCAAGCAAGGUGUUCGUGAGGUUGUCCUUUGCAAGGAUGGGCAAGGAAAGAUUGGCUUGCGUGUGCGUGCUAUUAACAAGGGUGUGUUUGUACAGUAUGUGCAUUUAAACUCUCCUGCAGCACUUGGUGGCUUGAGGUUUGGUGACCAGAUUUUACAGAUUGAUGGUGAAACUUUGGCUGGAUACAGCAGUGAUAAAGUCAUGAAGAUUUUGAAGAAUGCUUCGUCUCAGCGAGUAGUGUUUGCUGUGAGAGACCGGUUAGAUUUUAACUUUUUUUCUCAUUUGUUUUAGCCUGUGAAAACAGCUGUUUCUCCUCAUUCCACGCCGCCGGGGAUGUUUUGAGUGGAGGAAUCCAUUCAUUGAUGUUUUUUAUAUACUCUGAUUUCAGGCCAUUUGAACGAACCAUUGUUUUACAGAAGGACAGUUCUGGCCAUGUAGGAUUUGUUUUUAAAAAUGGUAAAAUCACUCAGAUUGCCAAAGACACAUCAGCUGCAAGGUUUGUUUGCUUGCUUUGUUCAUCAUAGUGUUUUCAACUUAAUAGUUUUUGUAAACAAAUGUCAAUGUUGAAUUAGAUGGGUUUUAUCUAACCUUACGAGACCAGUAUCACAUAUUCACUCUUUCCUUUACAUGUAGUUUUUUGUCCCCUGUGCAAAGCAAAUUAAGUGUGCAAUAAUGAUACUAUCUUCAACCAGUAUUACUUUGAGUCUAGAAAUAAGCAGAUACAGAAUUUUUUUGUAACCUUGUAAUGUAACCUUUUUCCUGAUUUAUUUGCUUAGAAAAAUAGAAGGUUACUGGACAGUUCUGUAAAUGGAGCCCUCACUGAGUUAGUCUUUGCUAUUCUCUAGUCAUUUUCUUUGACUCCCCAGAAGCCAGUUGCCUCUGAAAGAUACAUGUAGACACUAAUGCUAAUGGCAAUGGUGUCCUCAGCUCUAAGAGGGAAUUGACUGUCUAUUUAGUACUUGGCUUUACAAUGCAUCCGUGUGGUUUUAUUUUCAUAGGAAUGGUUUACUGACAGAACACAACCUUGUGGAGGUGAAUGGACAGAAUGUUGUGGGACUUAAGGUGAGCAGCAGGGAAGACUAUUUUCAUAGCACAGGUCUUCAAAAGCUGCUAUAUGUGUUUAUACAGUCACAACUCUCAUUUUUGCAUCUCAAUGAUGUGUGAGAUAAUCAACUCUACAACUAGCAAUAUAUAAAGUUAAUCCUAAAUGAAACAUAUUUUUCAAAGGAGCUUUUCUUGCCAGAGUCCUGAGUUAAGCUCUGCCUACAUGUGUCUGUGCCUUAAUAUUAUUGAUGCCCUUUUAGGUUGGCGGUUGAUAUGUGUAAAGUCUGAACCUUCACAUUUUUGUGGAGGAAGUCAUGUGGCUGAUAGUAUUUUACUAUAGUGUGUUUAUGGUAACCCUCCUUGCUAUUGCAGUUUCAGUCCAACUUCUUGCAAAUUGUCAUGUUUCUGAUGGCCAUUUUGAUUGUCAGAAUUUGGACAUCAGGAACUCUCAGUAAUUAUCGUGUUUCUUUUCCCAUCCACCUUUUUGUCUCACACCUGUAAAAGUUUUCAGUGAAACCCAUCAUGUUUGAUAAGGGUGAUGUGUUCAACAAAAACUGUAACAUGGAAUUGUAUCUAAAAACCUUGUUGCAGUGUUCUGUACCCUAGAGGGUGGGUGCGAUAGAGAGUAACAAUAACCAAUACUUUUUGUUUUGUAGGAUAACGAUAUCAAAGCAAUCCUUGAAAAAGGUGGACAGACCAUCACUUUGACAGUCAUUCCUACAUUUAUUUAUGAGCACAUAAUGAAGUGGUAAGUGAGCUCAUUUAUUCCUUACUAAUUAAUGUCGUCAUGUCAUAAGCUGAAUUGUGUUUGGUUAUUCCACUAGUCCUUUGUUUCUUGGUGAAGUUGAAGGAAUUUCUGGCUAAGCCUUGUAUCUUGUGUUUUCAAUUCUGUUAUCCUCAUUUUCCCUCACACCCUCCCCUCCCACUAUUUAAUGCCAGGGCAUUUUUCUUACCCAUAACAACUGCUGAUGAUGCACUGUAGAUAAUACCACUGUGGAAUGAUUUUUAUUAGUAAAAAGGUUGUAUGUGGUGCCUUUUUCUGUUGACUGAUUCAAGGCUUAGUGUCAAAAAUAUAAUAUUAGAUAAUUGGAUACUUGAGCAGAAAUAUUGAAGAUCACACAUUGAAUAAAACAGAUUAUAGGUACAUUAUAGCCUUUUUAUUGUAAUAAGCUUAUAGAUGACAUACCAGAGACAUACAGUACAGUAAAUCCUCUAUGAAGCCCUCUCUCUCCAGUAAGCCCCCCAUCCUUUUCAGGGUAAGAAAGUUAAUAAGACCCCCCUCUCUUUUAAGCCCCCUCCCAUCCCAAUUCUUCGCUAAUGAGUGAUAGACUGUAUUAAUCAAUCACCACUGUAAAACUUUGUGUGGACUGAUCCGGGAUGGGUUAUUCACCAACUGGAAGUUUGGACUUGUUUUUGAUCCUUGACUGCAUGACCACUUUCUUCUAGUUCUUUAAGGAGAACUGAUACAACUGUCUUUACUAAAUUAACUAAGCCCCCCCUCUCAAAUGAGCGCUCCCCCUCCACCAUCUCUAUUAAGCCCCAUUCUCAAUUAAUGUGUUUGAAAUAGCUCCCUGUUCCCCCCCUAGGGGGCUUAAUAGAGGAGUUACAGUAUGUUGACUUCAUAGGGGAAGAUGGCAUGAAAUGGACUAUCCAAUGUGGUACUCCGAUCUCUGAUUGCUACCAGUAUUAAUUAUGUAUUUUGCCAUAUUUUUUUCCUAGCAUGGGAGAGGGACUUGUGAAGAAGACCAUGGACCACAGCAUUCCAGACUUGUAA